AUGUUAAGAUCAGCCAGCAAAGGGCACCGAUAGAAACUGAAAGAUGUGGAAGGUGCUUUUAUCUAGUCGCUGGUCACUUUUUCUUUUGUCCGGUUUUACUUGUUUGUGAGAAUGAUCAUCUGUGGACAGCUGACAGACAGGGAGGGAUUUCUGAAACAAAGGCCUUUCCCUCGGCAAGAGGGCUGCGAGCCAGACAGCCAUGUUUUUAUGCCCUUUUAAAAGAAAACCCCUGGACGAAUAUCACGUAAAACACGUGUUGUGAGCUUAUGCUGAGGUUUUAUUGCGUUCUGCGCAUUCAUCCGAGUGCAGGAACGCUUUAAAGUGUGUAUUUUGUGGCUCGGGCCUAGCUCCUUUUUGUGUGUCCAUAGAGCUGCUCCUGCCUGACUGCGCUGAACAAAGAUAAUCACUCAGGAAAUGUCUCAGCCAAUCGGGUGCACCCUUACAUCCUGCCUGUGAAAGGAGGCCACUCAGGAUCCGGCUUCUAUCAGACAGCCCCGAUCGCCAAGCCUGGAGUGCCGAGCCCUGCUCAGUCUGUGGACUGUGAGGCCGUCCUCCAUGUUUUUUUUUCUAUAAGCAUUGACAUAACACUGUGCUAGCCAUGCAUCCACAGAGCUGAGAUUCUUGACACCCUGUGCCUUGACAGUACAUUGCCAGUUGAGCCCUUCAGACCAGGCGAAGCUUGGCUGAGGAGGAGAUUAAAACGGAGUCUGAUGUGGUCGAGGGGAUGGACAUUUCCACACGGUCCAAAGUCUCAGAUCCCGUGUCAGCUGAGCGGGCUGCUCAGAAGCGGAAACUACCUAGUCCUCCCCACUCUUCCAAUGGACACUCCCCCUCUGAGGCCUCUCCAAGCCCUGUGAAGAAGAAGAAGAAACCAGGCCUGGUGAACAGCAGCAAAGAGCAGCCUGGCCUCAGACAUGGCCCAUUUUACUAUGCCAAGCAGCCACUCACCACAGACCCUGUUGAUGUUGUGCCGCAGGACGGCCGGAAUGAUUUCUACUGCUGGCUGUGCCACCGGGAGGGCCAGGUGCUGUGCUGCGAGCUUUGCCCGCGGGUCUACCAUGCCCGCUGCCUGCGGCUGGCCGCCGAGCCCGAGGGUGACUGGUUCUGCCCCGAGUGCGAGAAAAUCACAGUGGCCGAGUGCAUCGAGACCCAGAGCAAGGCCAUGACCAUGUUGACCACGGAGCAGCUCUCCUACCUGCUCAAGUUCGCGUUGCAGAAGAUGAAGCAGCCAGGGCAGACCGAGCCGUUUCAGAAGCCCGUGUCCCUGGAGCAGCACCCGGACUAUGCCGAGUACAUCUUCCACCCGAUGGACCUCUGCACGCUAGAGAAGAACGUCAAAAAGAAAAUGUACGGGUGUACAGAGGCAUUCCUGGCUGAUGUUAAAUGGAUCCUGCAUAACUGUAUCAUUUACAAUGGCGGUAACCACAAACUGACGGCCACAGCGAAAGUCAUAGUGAAAAUCUGUGAACAUGAAAUGAAUGAAAUCGAAGUUUGUCCGGAGUGUUACCUGUCGGCUUGCCAGAAAAGGGACAACUGGUUUUGUGAGCCAUGUAGUAACCCACACCCACUGGUCUGGGCCAAGCUGAAGGGCUUCCCCUUUUGGCCAGCAAAGGCACUGCGGGACAAAGAUGGACAAGUGGACGCCCGAUUCUUUGGACAGCAUGACAGGGCCUGGGUCCCCAUUAACAACUGCUACCUCAUGUCUAAGGAGAUCCCUUUUUCUGUGAAGAAGACCAAGAGCAUCUUCAACAGCGCCAUGCAGGAGAUGGAGAUCUACGUGGAGACCUUCCGCAAGAAGUUUGGUGUCUUCAACUAUGCCCCCUUCAGGACGCCCUACACUCCUGACAACCAAUUUCAGAUGCUGCUGGACCCCUCGAACCCGGCAGCAGGCUCGGUGCGACCUGAGCGGCAAGAGAAGAUCAAGCUCAGCUUCGACAUGAGUGCUUCCCCCAAGGUGCUCCCGGGUCGAGCCACGGCGCCCGCAUCGGCAGGGCGUCGGGUCUCGCCCACCGAUGCGCCACGUUCACCUGCGAGCACCAACUCAUCUGCCCACACUGGCUCAGAUGGGGAACAGGAGGUGCCAGAGAAGUGUAGCAGGGGCCCCUCCGGCCUGUACAGCACUGGCGAGGAGAGCAUGGACUGCUCAGCAUCUCCAGCUGCAACUAAAUCCUUCUCACCGCAUGGUCCCCCGAUGCCCACGGCCUCCAAACCGGAGAGGAUCUCAGCCGCGGGGAGUAUACUGAACCUCAACCUGGAUCGCAGUAAGGCCGAGAUGGACCUGAAAGAGCUGAGUGAGACGGUGCAGCAGCAGCAAUCCCUACCAGUAGUCCUGACCUCUCCGAAGAGGCAAAUCAGGAGUCGCUUCCAGCUGAACCUGGACAAGACCAUUGAGAGCUGCAAAGCACAACUGGGAAUAGACGAGAUCUCCGAGGAUGUGUACAAAGGUGUGGACCACAGUGACUCGGAAGACUCAGAGAAUUCCGAUUCCAGUGACCCCGAGGAUGGGAGUGACGAGGACCAGAAAGCAAAAGAUGGCCGGGACGAGGCUGAAGACAAGGACGGAGAUGGAAGAGAUGGCAAACGGAAGGCUAGGGUACCGUCGGCGAGUGAAGAGAAAGAGAGCAGCACAGAUGCCAAGGCGGGAUUGACUGCGGGUGAGAAGGUGGCAGGUGCGGCCGGCACUGCCGAGCCUCCAGGGAAGGAGCUGCCGGGCACCGACACCGAUAAGGAGCCUCUGGAGAAGUGCGGGUCGGUGUCGGGCACGGCCACACCCCCGUCGAAGGACAAGCCUCGGGUAAAAGAGGAAGGCAAGCAGCCUACAACCCCCAACCCAGAACCAGAGCCCGACUCGGACUCGGAGCAAGAGCUGGUUAUUGACCUCGGGGAUGAGCAGGCUGGUGGGGAGCGCAAGAAGAACAGGAAGGAGCCCGGGACCACCUCCACACCCAAGGAACCCAGCGCACCUCCUCCAGAGAGUAAAUCUACAGCGCCUUCCAGUGUGACUGCUCCUCCUCCAUCCGACUCCACCCCUUCGACACCCAGCGUGAAGGACCCUGCUCAAUCACCGGUCGCUGUCCCACUCAGCAUGGUCUCCUUCACUCCGGGACCGGCAGCACCCCCACUGCCCGCACCCAGCACGACGCCCACAACCACCGCCGCGCCUGUUAAGAAGCAGCGCCCCCUGCUGCCCCGCGAGACCGCCCCCGUGGUGCAGCGUGCUGUGGUCUGGAACGCCCCUAGCAAGUUCCAGACAUCCUCACAGAAAUGGCACAUGCAGAGGGUACAGAGGCAGCAGCAGAGCCAGCAACCGGCUGCUCAGACGCAGGCGCAGAGCCCGUCAUCAGUGCUACAGCCAUCUUCUGCAAGCACGAGAUACCAGACUCGGCAGGCCGUGAAAGCUGUCCAGCAGAAGGACUCCCCCCAAGGCACGUCCAGCUCAGUGGUGCCCCUAGUGACGGCAGCUCCAGCCGUCCCUGCAAGCGCAGCCCCCGCUGUCUCUGCUAGCAGCCCCUCGUCGCUCUCGUCCUCGACCACUGGAGACUUCCAGAUCGCCACUACCUCGGCCGAUAUAGCAGCUGACAUAGCCAAGUAUACCACCAAGAUAAUGGACGCCAUUAAAGGGACAAUGACGGAGAUGUACAACGACCUGUCGAAAAGCACAUCAGGAAACACUAUCGCUGAGAUCCGGCGCUUAAGGAUCGAAAUAGAAAAAUUACAGUGGUUACAUCAGCAGGAGCUGUCCGAGAUGAAGCAUAACCUCGAGCUCACCAUGGCUGAGAUGCGGCAGAGCCUGGAGCAGGAGCGCGAGCGCCUCAUAGCGGAGGUGAAGAAGCAGAUGGAGCUGGAGAGACAGCAGGCCGUGGAUGAGACCAAGAAGAAGCAGUGGUGUGCCAGCUGCAAGAAGGAGGCCAUCUUCUACUGCUGCUGGAACACCAGCUACUGCGACUACCCCUGCCAGCAGGCUCACUGGCCGGAGCACAUGAAGUCCUGCACGCAAUCAGCGGCGGCCUCGCAACAGGAAUCGGAGCCGGAGGUGGCGGCAGAUGGAGGUGGCAAGGCAUCCGUCCAGGCGGCCAGCGGGCAGGCGUCUCCGGGGGAGGGCGGGGCAGCGGCGCCCCCCCUGCCAGACAAGGACUCAAGCACAGAGCGGGGGAAAGACAGUGGCACCCCUGUCGCAGGUUCAUAACCCGCAGGAGGGGCCAACUCCGGUGUGACGUGGCCUGUCUGUGAUUUCGUCACAAAAGCAUUACACGUGGACGGUCCCCGCACACGCUGGGGUGGGGUGGCACUUUUUAAAUGUAAGUAUUAAGAACUAUUGAAUCCUUCCACGGCUCCUCCCCCGUUACCAGCAUUUUGGGACACACCCACAUUCCCACGUAUCCUCACACAAGCACACGUGUGGUGGACACCGCUCAAUCAGGCCUCAACAUUCUCCCGAGGAAGGACGAGGCCCUUGGCUAGACACCACAGCGGACACCGAGGGCCACAGCACGUCUCAGCGGUUUUCUGGAAGGAGAUGGAAGCUUCUUCGGCUCUGUUCCCCUUGACGACAGUUUAACGAAUGCUUACCACCAUCUCAUCCCCAGCAAUAACUUCAGUAUUUCAGGAAGAAAAAAAAACCUUCAAAAGGAAACUUCCCCGGUUCCUUAAAUGUUCUUCAGUUUUGUAUAAAAGUCUUUUUCUCUCAUGUGGUAUUGUUAACUUGCUGGAAUAGUGAAAACUGAAGUCUGUGAUUUGUUAAUAUCCCCGAAGACCACUCCCCUCCCCCGCUCUAUCGCAUUACUGAAUGACCCACGCGGGUGACAGGGACUGUGCAGUUAUCAGUGACAGUGUGGAAAGUCGGGGUGUCUUUAUGGAGACGAUCCCACUCUUGUCAGUCUCUCUCUCUCUGAAAAAUAAGCUAUCUAUGGGUGAAUGCAUUUGACGUGCAUGGCAGGUUCUGUGUUUAUGUAGCAAAGAUCAGUCCCACAAAUUCAUUUGCUUCACAGGACCGGGAAUCAAGUUGUGAUGAGAUGCUACAACAGCCAAGGAGGGAAAACCAGUUUCCAGGGGACUUACCCACACUGUCAUCCACCACAGACAUCAUUCGAUAAAACACAACAAGAAAAGAGGACAAGAGAGAUAAAUGUAUAACAUAUACCGAUGACUGUACAGAUACACAAACCUCAUGUUUACUCAUUAGAUCUUUUUAAUUUAUAUGGGAAAGAGGCACAUGUUAAAAUAUCUCUGGGUAUUGUUAUCAUGUAAAAAUUCCUUCUGCAUAGGAAAUGCUGAAGUGGUAACUAACAUAUACACAAGGAAAUGAGAGGGGAUGCUGUACGCCAUUUUGAGGUUUACAACAUGCUUACCUGAUUCCAACUCUUUUGUAUUAUUACUUCCAUAUAUAUAUAAUUGUCUUUCAUUCAUAUCCUCAUUUCAUAUGAUUUAGUAGAGAUAUGUUUGGAACUAUAUCUUAAAUUACACAUAGAGUAUAAAAGACUUUAAAGUGUACAAAUAACUACAAGCCUUUCAAAGAGAAAGUGAACAAUUAUUAUUCUUAUCGUGUUUUUUCAUUGCAUAAAACACGAGUCUGCCUUUAAACUGGACGUAAAAACUGCAUUUUAAGUGCUGGAACAAGGAUUCUCGUGUUACUAACAUUUUUCUAGGCAAACCUGUCGAUGGCGCUGUCUAGCCACGGAGAACAUGAUUAGACAGACCAUCGGGUGGACAUCGGAUGGGUUGCCUCCAGCGUGGCACCAGGAAAGGACAGGGAAUCCAGACUUACUCUGGAAGCCUCUAUAUCAAUGGUUAACACUGUGCUUUGUCUCAUUUAGCCUCUCAGCUGUAUCAUUAAGGAAGACCUUACAUACGUGCAAAGGUAUGACUCCUAUAGAGAUAAUCGCAAUCGAGAAGGAAGAAGAGAGACUGUGUCACUUGUGAGCAAGUUUGUCUCACGGUUUGUUGUUUACAUACUGUAAAUAAAUACCCGGGAUUUAGAAAGUGUCAGUCUGACUACCACAGCCUUUUUCUAACUACCGUGAAUCUUUAUUAUACAUGUAAGUUUGCACUUUCAUGUUAAAUUGCCUGGAGCUCGUUGACGUAUAAAGCAUAUUGUAAAAUUUU